AUGCCAGAAAAGAUAUUCUCAUAUGCGAAAUUCAACCUCGACGCUCUGUUGUCACUCGCAACACGACUUCGGGGUCGAGAAUGCACCUGCAACGUAGCCGCCGCCCCGAAAACAGGAAGUAUGAACUGGGCCAUCUUCAUCUCGUUUGAUGACGGGCUGGACUGGGUCUUUCGGUCCCCGCGCAGUGGUCACCAUGCCAUCGUCUCUGACAAGACCGCACAGAAGAUGCUGAUAAGUGAAGUUGCAACGCUAAGGUGUUUAAGGAACAAUACAUCGGUGCCUGUUCCCGAAGUUACCGAUUACGUGGUCGGGGAGUGCCUCUCGCCGUCACUUACUUGGCAGGAGAGGGAUUCGCUCGAUGGUGUAGAGCGUGGCCCGUUUCUAGACGAGAGCCAGUAUCUAAAGUCUCUCAUUGACGUCUUCAUAUCUCAUGCAACAGAGCUGCCGCUUACACCUCAUGCUUUUUUUGCACCAAUCCCGGACUACUCGGAAUAUCCAAACUGGUCAAGCUACAGAGCGGCUAUAGGGCGCUGGAACGACUAUGUUGCCAUCGGUGCAAAAAUCGAAAGUAGCAAGAACCUUCUAUCCUACUGUCUCGCCGGUCAGAUGCUACAUCAGAUGAGCGCUCGUCUGUCUACACCGGAUGGGAGUUACACCUUAUCCCAUCCGGACCUUCAUCUCGGGAACAUGUUUGUUGAUGACGAGUUCAACAUCACAUGUCUUAUCGACUGGGGCUCUGCAACGUCUGGCCCCAUCACGGAACUGCAGGCCACGCCGGGCCUUGGGAACUCGGCCUUUCCCCCUCCAGAACAACUUGUCAGCGCUUUUCGGGCCGGUUUCAGUCAAGAGCAUCCGCUGCCGGCAGAAUCCUGGGAGCGAGCAGACAUGAUGUGGCACUUUUCGCGGCUUGUUCGUUUGCUCUCCACGCAAGACUACAGGCUCUUUCAGGCCCUCUACAAGCUUGUCUACAAGACAGAUGCCGAAGACUCACAUAUCUGUGCAGUCUUUAAUGAAAUGGCGGCAGAGGAGGGAAACCAACGUCUACUCGCGACUCUGCGCGCGGACGACUACACGGCGUCAGAAUUGGAGCAGCAAGAGGCCAAGGCCUUUGGCUGUUGCAAGACUGAUAAAGGCAAUGGCCGUGCAGUGGCGAGAAAACUCACGGUGGUGGCCGAGAUGAACAAGACAUUUCUCGCCAGCGCGAAAGUAUGGCGAUGGAUAGAGAAGUCCUUGGAGAACGAUACGUGA